AUGGACGAGAAAACGAAACUGGCACAAGCCGAACAGGUGAAAAAAUUCGCCUUUUUUGGCGUCGCCGUUUCGACCGUCGCUACGCUCACAGCUAUUGUGGCAAUACCCAUGCUCUGCAUGUACAUGCAAAACGUACAGUCCGGUUUGCAAGAUGAGAUCAACUUCUGUAGAACGAGAGCUGUGUCACUUCGGGGAGAAUAUGUCAAGCUGGAAACCGAAACGAAAACUGCAAGCCGUGAAAAGCGUCAGACUUACCAAUGCUGUUCAUGUGGCAUGGGGCCAGCAGGACCUGUAGGGAAUCCGGGACAGGAUGGUGCCCCAGGCAAUGACGGACGACCUGGAGCUCCAGGAGCACCAGGUCCAGAUGCGCCAAGCGACUAUGUUGCUCCAAGACCGGAAGAUUUCUGUUUCGAAUGCCCACCGGGACCAGCAGGAGCUCCUGGACAGCCCGGACCCAAAGGUCCCCCCGGAAAUCCUGGAAUACCUGGUGAGCAAGGACCACACGGUAGACCAGGUCCUAGCGGUGCACCAGGGCCACAAGGUCCAAUUGGAGAACCUGGAGCUGAUGGGUUGCCUGGAAAACCUGGAGCUCCUGGACAAGUGCGAGCUGUACCAUCACCGCCAGGACCACCUGGAUUGCCAGGAGAACAGGGACCACCAGGACCUCCAGGAGAAGAUGGACGUCCUGGAAAUCCAGGUCAGGCCGGCCCUCCUGGACCGCAAGGAGAUGCUGGACAAGAUGGAGCGCCGGGAAAUCCUGGAGCACCUGGAGAACCUGGGCCCCCUGGAUUGGAUGGAAGCAAAGGUGGAUGCGAUCACUGCCCGAUCCCUCGUACAGCUCCUGGUUAUUGA